AUGGCCAUGAAGAUGAGCACGAUGGUUGCACUUAAUUUCACAUCUGAUGUGGAAAAAAAUAUGGUUCAUGGUCAUGCACAGGUUGUUUCUAUAACACUCUUUGUCGCUGUUCUUUGCCUAUGUUUACUCAUUGGUCACUUGCUUGAAGAAAGUCGAUGGGUUAAUGAAUCGAUCGUCGCCAUUUUUGUUGGAUGCAUUGCUGGACUGGUUAUAUUGUUAAUAACUAAGGGAAAAAGUUCUCGAAUCCUUACAUUUAAUGAAGAAGUAUUCUUCAUAUAUCUCCUUCCUCCUAUAAUAUUCAAUGCAGGAUUUCAGGUGAAGAAGAAACAGUUCUUCCAUAACUUUUUGACCAUCAUGCUGUUUGGAGUGGUCGGUGUUUUCAUUUCAACAUCUAUUAUUACCGGUGGCAGCUGGUGGCUGUUUCCCAAGUUGGGUUUCUCUUACCCGACGGCGCGAGAUUAUCUUGCUUUAGGAGUAAUUUUCUCCUCAACCGACACAGUAUGUACGCUACAGGUUCUUAAUCAAGAAGCUACUCCUUUACUAUACAGCUUAGUCUUUGGGGAAGGAGUGGUAAAUGAUGCAACAUCAGUUGUACUCUUCAAUGCAGUCCAACAGCUUGAUGUUUCAAGACUUAACGGAAAGGCACUCCGUGUUAUUGGUGAUUUCUUGUAUUUAUUCGCAGCAAGCACUGCGCUUGGAGUCAUAGCUGGACUUGUCACUGCAUAUAUCUUGAAAGCGUUAAGCUUUGGAAAACAUUCAAGUGUUCGUGAAAUUUCAAUGAUGAUGUUAAUGGCAUAUCUAUCCUACAUGUUGGCAGAGCUACUUGAACUAAGUGGAAUCCUCACUGUUUUCUUUUGUGGAAUAUCAAUGUCACACUAUGCAUGGCAUAAUGUGACUGAAAUUUCAAGAACCACAACCAGGCAUGUGUUUGCAACCAUGUCGUUUAUUGCAGAAACUUUCAUAUUUCUUUAUGUGGGUAUGGAUGCCCUUGACAUGGAAAAGUGGAGGAUGACCCAUUUAAGAUUUGGAAAUUCGUUGGGAAUUUACAGUUGCUUAAUCUUCUUAAUAUUGCUCGGGAGGGCUGCAUUUAUUUUCCCCCUCUCCACACUUGUCAAUUAUAUGAAUAGGCGCGUCGAAGAAACACCGAGUAUCACAUUACAACACCAGAUAAUCAUUUGGUGGGCUGGACUAAUGCGGGGAGCAGUCUCCAUCGCUUUGGCUUUCAAACAGUUCACGUUCUCUGGGGUUACUUCAGACCCGGUUAAAGCGACAAUUAUUACCAACACCAUUAUUGUUGUCCUUUUCACCACACUGGUGUUUGGUUGUCUCACAAAACCACUUGUUAGAUAUCUUCUUCCCCACCAUGUAAGCAGGAUAGACACCAGACAUGAAGAAUCAUCGGGGUCGCGGUCACCAGUUGGGGAGUUGGAUCUACCUUUGCUAUCCUUUCAUGAGUCAACAGAAACCAACAUUAGCCGAGCAAAGGAAAGCCUAUCUAUGUUAAUAGAAAGUCCAGUGUACACCAUACAUUACUAUUGGAGGAAGUUCGAUGAUGCCUACAUGAGACCUAUAUUUGGAGGACCUUGCUCUAACCCUAACCCUUCAGAGUGCUAG